AUGUCGGACUUCGAUGAAUUUGAGCGGCAGCUAUCCGAAAACAAGCAAGCCGAGCGGGACAAAGAGAACCGGCACCACCGCCGCUCUGGCUCCCGUAGCCGUAGCCGAGACCGGAAGAGGAGGAGCAGAGACAGGGACAGACGUAGCCGGGAUCGCCGUGGCGACAGUAAGGAUCGCAGACACAGACGCAGCCUACAGAACAAAAAACAAGUAUUCCAUGUCUUGUGUGUAUCCCACAGCCGUUCUCCGCACCGUGAGAAGAAGAAGAUAAAGGUGAAGAAGUACUGGGAUGUCCCGCCACCUGGUUUUGAAAACAUCAGCCCCAUGCAGUACAAAGCCAUGCAAGCUGCCGGCCAGAUCCCAGCAACAGCCCUCUUGCCCACCAUGACUCCAGACGGCCUGGCUGUCACUCCCACCCCAGUGCCAGUCGUGGGCAGCCAGAUGACCCGACAGGCUCGAAGGCUUUACGUGGGGAACAUCCCCUUUGGGAUCACUGAGGAGUCAAUGAUGGAUUUCUUUAAUGCUCAGAUGCGUCUCGGUGGUCUCACUCAGGCACCGGGCAACCCGGUGCUUGCGGUGCAGAUCAAUCAAGAUAAGAAUUUUGCCUUCCUUGAGUUCCGCUCAGUGGAUGAGACAACACAGGCAAUGGCUUUUGAUGGAAUCAUCUUUCAAGGCCAAAGCCUAAAAAUUCGUCGUCCCCACGAUUACCAGCCACUGCCGGGCAUGAGCGAGAACCCCAGUGUCUAUGUGCCUGGAGUGGUCUCCACAGUAGUGCCCGACUCGGCCCACAAACUCUUCAUCGGCGGGCUGCCCAACUACCUAAAUGACGACCAGGUGAAGGAGCUUUUGACGUCAUUUGGCCCUCUGAAGGCCUUCAACCUGGUCAAGGACAGUGCUACAGGCCUGUCUAAAGGAUAUGCGUUCUGCGAAUACGUUGACGUCAAUCUAAAUGACCAGGCGAUUGCCGGGCUCAACGGUAUGCAACUGGGAGACAAGAAACUCCUGGUACAGCGGGCCAGUGUGGGAUCCAAGAACGCAACUCUGACCAGUAUAAACCAGACCCCCGUCACGCUGCAGGUGCCUGGCCUGAACAGCACAGUCACCCAAAUGGGUGGCCUGCCCACCGAGGUGCUAUGCCUGAUGAACAUGGUGGCGCCCGAAGAGUUGCUUGACGAUGAAGAGUAUGAGGAGAUUGUGGAAGACGUCCGGGACGAGUGUAGCAAGUACGGCCAAGUCAAGAGCAUCGAGAUCCCGCGGCCCGUCGACGGCCUGGAAGUGCCCGGCACUGGCAAGAUCUUUGUGGAGUUCAUGUCCGUUUUUGAUUCCCAGAAAGCCAUGCAGGGCUUAACAGGAAGGAAAUUUGCCAACAGAGUAGUGGUGACCAAGUACUGCGACCCAGACGCGUAUCAUCGCCGGGACUUCUGGUAG